AUGUUUGGCGGCUACGCUUUAAGUCCAAUACUUUGUUCCGCAAUUCUUUUGUUGGCGGGAAAGAGAAACAUUGCUGGGUGGAGAUGGAUAUUUCUCCUUGAAGGUUUAUUAACUAUUAUAGUUGGUUUUUUAAUGUUUCUUUUAUUGCCAGGGUCUCCGCUUCAUCCAUAUCCAUUAAUUUCUAAGAAGUUAUCUUUCUUUUCUGACCGAGAAGUAUUUAUUCUUAGAAAUCGAUUAAUAGGUGAAGAAAAUACAGAUGAACAAUUGCAUCCAAUCAAAAAAGAGCAUUUAAAGGAAGUAGUUUUAGAAUGGAGGAGAUACCCCCAUUUAUUUGCAACAGCUAUUGUGUUUGCAACUUGGAGUCCGUUGACUACGUACACCCCAAGUAUCAUACAAAAUGCAGGGUUUGACCGCAUUCAAGCGAAUGCAUUAACUGCAGUGGGUGGAUUUUUAGCGGUCUUUGUUGUAUUUUUGUUCGGUCUACUUAGUGAUAGAACUAAUGCAAGAGGUUUGACUGUUUUAGUUGCAACGCUUCUUUAUGGCAUUACAUUAAUAAUCCUUCAUGAAGUACUCCCACAUGUUAAUUCAGAUAGGUGGAAAGUUUUCGGGUUGUGGACUUUGGUAAAUGCUUUUGCUGUUGGUUAUCAUCCUGUUCAAAAUACUUGGCUUCAAUUGAAUUGUAGAUCUCCCCAGGAAAGGAGCAUUUCAAUCGCAUUGUGGGUUAUGUUUGCAAUGAUUGGUUUAAUGGCUGGAAGUCAAUUGUUUAGAGCAAAUGAUGCUCCAGAUUAUAGCAAAGCUUCACUCGCUAUGAUAUGUAUGGUUUUUGGUGGGUUUUUAAUAUCUUCACUUCAGUUCCUUAUUUAUUAUAUUCAUAAUCGAAAAUUAGACAGGAAGCUAACUGAAGACGUAUCAAAUUGCCAUCGGUUCUUCUUAUAA